AUGAAUGCUAUUCAAUCGCUUUAUCUGAAAAUAUUACAUGAAUUUGAACCACAAACAAAUUUCCUUAGUGAAAAAACACGUUUAUUAAAUCAACAAUUGAUUAAUUCAUUGUCGCCAUUACAGUUAAUUGCAAUUACGGCUUUUGUUACGACAUGUGGUUUAAGUAUUUAUCAAUUUUUAUUUUCCCAUGAUGAAGAUAUUUCUACACGUAUUCGAGAAAUAAUCUUUCGUAUGGCUCGUCAAUUGCCUGCUGUAAAACGUAAAAUUGCUGAAGCACGUGAAGCUACAUUGAAAACAGUCUUUAAUGAUAUAGCAAAAAGUGUUGCAGGACAUGAAUUUACUAAAGUUUUACCUGACCAUGGAUUAUCUCAAGAAGAACUUAUAAAAAAACUUGAACAUUAUCGAAAAUUAGAAAAAAUUAAUUUUAAAUCAGGAAAAAUUUCUGGUUGUGUUUAUAAAUUAGCAAAAACAGAUAUGACUGAAAUUUAUAAUAAAGCUUUUACUUUAUUUGGUGAAUCAAAUCCUCUUCAUGUUGAUGUUUUUCCUGAUAUUCGUACAAUGGAAGCUGAAAUUGUUCGAUGUGUAGCAACUAUGUUUCAUGGUGAUAUAGACGUUUGUGGAACAAUGACAUCUGGUGGUACUGAAUCGAUAUUAAUGGCUUGUAAAACUUAUCGUGAUUUAGCCAUAUCUAAAGGCAUUACUAAACCUGAAAUGUAA